AUGACAAAUCGGACAUCAUCCCACAGAACCAACAAGGUCAACGUGAAAGAAGAAAACCAACGAGAUGACAACACGGAUGUUGGGUAUAAGGAUGCUGGUCACUGCAGCCUUAAUACCCACAAUUUGCUCCUGGGACUUACUGUUAUGGGUGUUGUUAUGGGCGUAGUGUUCGGGAUGCUUCUGCGAUAUAUGAGAGUGACUGACGGCCCCACGAUCACUAUGGUUUCCUUCCCUGGAGAAAUUCUCAUGAGGAUGCUCAAAAUGCUAAUACUGCCUCUCAUCAUAUCCAGCCUCAUCACAGGUCUGGCUGGUUUGGAUGCCCGCUCUAGUGGUAGGAUGGGUACUAGAGCGAUGGUGUAUUACAUGUCCACCACUGUAAUAGCUGCAAUUCUUGGCGUGAUCCUCGUGUUGGGGAUCCAUCCAGGGAAUCCCAAACUAAGGGGGAGCCAAGUAAACACAGUAUCAAAAAACCAGGAGGUCAACAGUCUGGAUGCUUUCCUCGACUUGAUCAGAAAUCUCUUUCCUGAGAACCUGGUGCAGGCCUGUUUCCAACAGGUUCAGACAGUGGUAAAAACUGUGUCAGUUUUGGGACUCAACCAAACGGAACCUGUCGGACAAAAGACACUGGAAUACAAAUGGGGCAUGAACGUUCUUGGCGUUAUUGGAUUCUUCAUUACUUUUGGGAUUUGCAUGAGCCGGAUGGGGGAACGUGGAAAAAUGAUGUGUGACUUCUUCAACAUCCUCAAUGAAAUCAUCAUGUCCAUGGUCUCCUUGAUCAUGUGGUACUCACCUGUGGGCAUUGCUUCACUGAUCGCUGGUAAAAUUGCAUCCAUUGGAAACCUGGAGAUGGUGGCCAGACAGCUGGGCAUGUACAUGGUGACUGUCAUUGUGGGACUAGUGAUACAUGGAGGCGUGAUCUUGCCUGCAAUAUAUUUUGGAAUAACCAGAAAAAGCCCUCUAGUUUUUUACUCGGGGAUCUUUCAGGCCUGGAUCACUGCACUUGGCACUGCAAGCAGUGCAGGGACUUUACCUGUUACCUUUCGCUGCCUCGAGGAGAACCUGAAGAUUGACAAACGCGUAACACGAUUUGUGCUUCCCAUAGGAGCCACUAUUAACAUGGAUGGCACUGCAUUAUAUGAAGCUGUGGCAGCCAUCUUUAUAGCCCAGAUGAACAACAUCAACCUGGAUGGAGGACAGAUUGUAACUGUCAGCAUGACAGCCACCUUGGCCAGUGUUGGUGCUGCAAGUAUUCCCAGUGCUGGACUGGUGACCAUGCUAUUGAUCCUAACAGCUGUUGGUCUACCCACCCAGGACAUCAGUCUGCUCAUCGCUGUUGACUGGCUCCUUGACAGAAUGCGGACCUCCAUCAACGUGGUGGGAGACUCUUUUGGUGCAGGAAUUGUGGACCACUUGUCAAGGGCUGAGCUCGCUGAACUCGAUGCAGAAGAAAUGCUCAGUUUGAAGGAGGAACUCGAUUUUAUCCCUCCACCACCAAUCCUUACAGAAAUGGACCUAAUGAACCCUCUCAAACCACCUGAGCUGCCACCCCGCUCUCCUCGGCCACCCAAACAAAAUCAUCACGGUCGCGUCCUCUCCCAGUCCCCUUCAAUAACUUAUUCACCAUCCCCUUCAAUCCGUUCCCCAUCGCCUUGCUCUAUCCAUUCUCCCUCUCUGCACUCCACCUGCUCCCAUUCUCCCCAACCUCUUUGUGCUUAUUCACCCCGUCUCCUUCACAAAAGAGAGCCAGGCUACUGCGCUCUGCCUAGUUAUACGAACCAGAUUCCCAUGCUGCCCCGUUGCUACAGAGAGAAAGACAGGGAGCAAAGGCAGCUGAGAGGAGAAAGUGAACCUGAGGAGGAAGAGGAGAGGUUUUUUUUUAAAGUAAGCGAUGACGAAGAGAGUGAUGACACUGCGUACGAUCGAAGGCACGCUAUACCAAGCGACCUGCCCUGAUUGGUUUGCCUACCAGUUUCAUUCUAGCUUUUCCUAUGUAAUGUCAAAGCUAUGUUUAUUAUUAUUAUUAUUAUUAUUAAAGACCUAAAGGGAGGUCCACUAUGAAUUCCCAUUUGUUUACUUUCUUAUUAUUGAGAGAGAUGUUGCAUCAUAAGCAUGGUAUUGUACAAGUGCCAUAGG